AAUUAAGCUCAAAAUCCCUCCCUCCUCAGGCUCUCCGUGCCAUUGGAAAAAAUUUCAAAUCAACCCCUCACAAAUUUGCGGGUGGGUGGGUGGAUGGUCCACAAGCUGCUGAUACAGCAACCAAUACCCAAAGAAGCAUACCCUGACCAACUUACACAAUGAGGUUAGAUAUGGUUGGACAGAAUAUUGCAAGAAUCAGGAAUCUAUUUCCAGAUGUCUGCCAUAGUACUUCAUAUCAAAAAGCCAUCAAACAUUGUAUGAUCAUGCUUCAGGUGGUUUUCCAAUGAGACUAACAUUAGAAAUCAGUGAUGCAGAGCACAAUACCAAGAAGUCAAUACAUGUUACAAUCUUGUUUUAGGUGGUUUCAAUGCAAGGUAAAUACUCAGCAAGACUCUCCCACCAAAAACAAAAAGGGGGGAGGGGAAAAAGACUAAGCAAGACUCCACUAAUGCAGUGCACAAAGAUGAAAAAGAAGAAUGUUUUCCUCAAAUUAUAUAUAUGUUCGUACGAAAUAAAGACUCCACUAAUGCUGAACACAAACAAGAACUUGUAAAAUGGCCAUUAAGAAAACAUGCACCUCAAACAGGUCCGAACAUAGGGCAAGCAGUCCCCCCAACAAUUUUAACAUAAUUUGACUUGUCAAUCACAAAAAUCAAAUCUUCUGCCAAUGAAAGUGGCUGUGCCCGCAUAGACUACAUGCACCUCAAAUAGAAUAAAAAUAUGAUACUACAAAACAAAUUUAAAAAGGAGAAAUAAUUUAUAUAAACCCUAGUAACAGUCUACAGUCUUCUAUCAUAUCAAAACAGCUCUGAACAUCCAAUCCCAAAAAACAGGAUAAAGGCAUACAGAUGCUACACCAUACAGAUGCUACACCACCAAGUGGCGAGCAUAUAAUUAUCCAAAUGUUAUAUAUCAUCAAAACAUGGAACUGGUGAGCUUGUAAUGAUAAGGACCACUACAAGCGUCAAAGUUCUCAUUGUAGCCAAUAAACAAUCAAAGCCCAAACUACAUGUGGACUACUUGCCCCCUAUUACCAUCUGAUUAUCACCACUUGGGCCCUAUGACUUAUUUUCAACAGCUCAAGUAUGGACACAAUUAAACAAAAAAGAGGCUAUCCAUCCACACUAUUUUAUAACCAGUUUAAAUAUAGAAGAAGAUAUGUAAUAUAUUUAUAAUGGGCUAACAAGCUUCUCUGUCAGCAAGGACCUUUCAAACCCUAUUGAUUCAAUUGGACCAAAUACUAACUCAACUUACACUUAUCCAUUCCUGAAUCUACAACUGUAGUCAUACUUGUUUCUAAAUAAAAAUCCAAGAAAACCAAAAUGAAAACUCAUUGACCAUCAAGACUCUCAGGGUAUCCAGGGUUUGCUCCACCUGCCAAAUAUAAACUUUGAAGAUCCAUCAGAACACAUGAAAAAGACAUAAAUUUGCUAAAAAAUUCUACAACAUACCGCGGUGCCUUCUCAAAGGAACAAUCACCUUCAAGACAUGGAACAAUAAAGGGAUGGUAGGAAGCUUCAAGAUUGUGGCAACUUGGCAAACUUAAUGGCCUUACAAUAAAUUGGACACUAUCCC